AUGCAUUAUACGGAUACUGGAAACUCAUCAGGCGUCCUUGCAAUUUUUCUCCAUGGCUUAGGAGGAUCAACUGAAACAUUUUUGCCAAUUCUACCCUUUUUCUCCCACGAAACGAACCGCCUGAUUUGUGUUGAUUUUGAAGGAUCCGGUCAAACUCCGUUGUCUUCACCGAACGUCAAGCUAUCCAUCCCACGCUAUGUCAACGACCUGGAAUAUCUCAUCGCAUCUCUCCAAAACUCUGAUGGGGAAGAAUGCAGGGAGAAGACUCUCUUCAUCGGCCACAGCCUCGGAGCUAUCGUCGCGAUGCACUACGCCGCCAAACACCCAGAUAAAGUCCAAGGUCUCGCGCUAUUGGGACCCGGCCGCUCAAUCGCCCAGAUUCCUAUCGCUAGAGAACGGAUGCUAGGCCUGGCAGAAAAGACACGCGCAGGGGGAAUUGAAGCUGCUGGAGAUAUUGCAACUUUUUCUAAUUUUCCUCAGGGGGGUGCUGUUGCACUUGAAAUGCGAGAGAGUGUACGAAAGGCCGUGGAGAAAUGUGACGCUGAGGCCUAUGCUAGGACAUGUGAAGCCAUAGCAGGCCUCGAUCAUUUGGAUCCUGAUUACAGCUGCAUCAGUGCACCGACCUUGUUGCUAGCAGGAGAUGGUGAUCUCAUAUCUCCUCCGGAAAGGUCUCUCGCUUUACAGGGCCUGAUAGGGGACAAUGCAUGGGUUCAGGUUCUUGAUGGCGUUGGGCAUCAGAUGAUUCUUCAAGACUUGCAAGGAACUGUCAACGCUAUUAAGGUUCUUCUUGAAAAAGUGGGUAGAUAG